AAAAAAGAAAAAGGACUCCCACAACUAAAAGGUUAAAAUUACAUUCCUUUAUAAAGAUUAUCACGCUGAGGAUACUGAGUGAGAGAAUAAAGGUCUUUCCAUUCACAAAGUACGAAAAACAGUUUGAUCCUAUCUGGGGAAAAAAUACUUGUUAAAGUUAUGAAGAACAGUACAUUAUAUGAUUUGUAAUGGUCUUAUCUCAUCAUUUUAACUUCUUUAUGCCAGGUACUUCUGUAUGCUACCAAACAACCUAAUUUUUAUUUCAGUAUUUUACUUGAUAGACUCACCCCCAAAAUGCUUUUGGGAUUAAUCUAGAACCUGUCUAUACUGCAUGAAUCUCUUUAAUAGAUUACAGUUGAUUUAGAUGGUGGAGUCAAAAUGCAGUUGCUCUGCUUUUGUCAAUAUUUAAUCAGUAAGUGCUGGGCAUUGCAUACUUAGAAAUUUAAGUUCAUACUUCUAACAGUUAUAGGAAUAAGUAUACUGUUGUAUAUAAACAUUCAUGCUAUACUAACAUUUUUCUCUGGUUGUUAAGGCUUUAGAAGUUUUGAAGGAAAGAAAUUGUCAUUUUGGAUUUAGGAGUUGAGCUUUGAAAGUAGAGCAUAGUUGGGAAAUAGUUACUGAGAGAAACAUUAAAAGUAGGCACAGACUGAGGCAGGAUUGGGAAUUCAAAGCCAGCCUCAGUGACUUAGCUAGACCCUGUCUAAAAAUAAAAUAUAAAAAGGGCUGGGGGUGUGGCUUAGUAGUUAAGUGUCCCUGGGUUCAAUCCCUGGUACCCCUCCCCACCAACAAAAAUAGGUAUGUAUUCUCUUUAGUUUUAUAUCAUUCCCACCCCCUUUUUUUUCUAGGUACUUUUUUUUUUAAGCUAGAGAAAGUUCCACCUCAAAGGUGCUUUUAAAGAGGAGGGAGAUUAGUGUAUUUAUGAAGUUAGGUAAAUAUCACUAGUUAGUAAUUAAUGGCAAACUGCCUUUAUCUGCCUCCACAUAAUGCUUAUCUAUUAACUUCGUUUAUUUCCCCAUUGACUGCAGACCUUAAUAUUUAUUGACAGUAUAAUAAAUUUGUAUGUCCUGAAAAUAACAUUAUUUUGAACAGUUGCUUUUGUCAUACUCCAUUAAAUACUUUAGCUUAAAUUAACACCUGUGAGAAUGAAUAAAAGAAACAAGUGUCCCUAAGAACUUACAGCCUGGCACAUAAAUGUUAAAAUAUUGAGUGUGAUUUGCAGUGUUUUUGGAAGCUUGAGGACCUAGAUCACUAGUAUUCAACACAUAUACCUGUCUGAUGCAAAAACAUCAAAACUUUAGAACAGCAGCAAAGUUUAGGAAGGAUUCAUUCUUCUAUUUUAUAUCAUUUAGAGACUGCCUAUUAUACUGAGAUGUUAUACUGCCUUCUCAAAAUGGAGUGUUCAUUUUUAAUGGUUCAUUUUUUCUUACAGCUAAAAUAUUCAGUACUGUUUUCUGCAAGAUUCCAUAGUAAUUGGUAUAUCUAAGUGCUUUGUGAUUUCAACUCCAAAAGCUUUUUCUACCUGAGAAUGAUGUAAUUGGAGCAAGUGUUAAACCUAUUGCCGGGUAACUUAGAAAUAGUUACAAGAUGUGUGUGCGUUUGCUUUCAUGCCAUUUCUCUUUGGUUUGAAGGUAUUUUUGUGAAGAUAUUACUUUAGAAAUCACAAAUAAAGUUUUGUUAGCUUUGAUUCCAUAGAAGUAAAUGACGAUAAAAUUUAAAUAAAAGGGCAAACCUAUUUUUCAUAUCUUUUUUCAAGUUUAUGGAGAGAGCCCAUUCUGUGACUGAAUAACAGAAGUUGUCAGGAAAAAGCACAUUGGAGAACUCUAUAUGAACAGCUUGCUUUUUCUUGUAUUUUAGAAUGUCGUUUGAUUACUUACACUGUUGUCAAGUCAUUCUUCCAAGCACCAGUAGUGAAAACUAAUUAUUCACUUACUAUCCAUGGUUAUGUAGCAAAAGAAACUGCUCACUGGAUUUUUGUUUUGUUUAAUUGCCUAUGUGUAUAUUAGUAUCUGAUAAGGAAGUAUGCUUCUUAAAUUGUGCAAAUCGUGAUGAUUUGUGAUUCCCAUGAAAGAACUUCUGAUGGUAACCUGUAUAAAAAGUGCUCAGUUUAGAAUGGAUGAAAUCUUACAGUGUAUCCAAACACAGACUGUAAUCUCUUAAAUUAGGAACUGGGUGGUAAAGAAACUUUUUUAAUAAAAAACAAUUUUUCUGUAAAACCUGGUAUGAGUCUUAUACCAAUAUAUGACCCAUAUUACCAAGUAAUUCCAUUUAUUUGAAUAACAAUGACAUUGUUUUCAGUAGUUGAUAAUUGAAUCAACAUUUUGAGCAAUGUAAGCCUGUUUAGAAUUCCAUUAAUAAUUCUAUUGACGCAUUAUGGUAUAUGUCAUAUUUUAUCUCCUUAAAACCCAAGCCAUGAUGGGCAUGGAGGCUCACAUUUGUAAUCCCAGCAGCUUGGGAGACUGCAGCAAAAAGAUCACAAAUUUGAGGCCAGUUUGGGUGACUCAGCAAGGUCCCAUCUCAAAAUAAAUAAAAAGUGUUGGGGAUGUAGCUCGGUGACAAAACAUCACUGGAUUUAAUCCCCAGUGCCAUAAAAAUAAGACAAUAGAUAUCUUAAUUCAGUAUGCUUUAGUUGAUUUAAAAAUCUCAAACGUUCCAACAAGGUAUACAAACUAACCAAUUUCUAAGAGUCUGCAACUAUAAUCCAAAGCAUUCUGAUGAAGGUUCUCUUCCUAUUGGGGAAUAAAAUUGGUGCUUAGGAACAAGUUAUUUUGUGACUUAGUUUUCUGACAUCCCUGUAUGCAUUUAUGUUCGGGAUGUAGGAAUUGUUAUGUUUUAUCUGCCAUGAAGAUUUCUGUAUUUAGAAAAAUCGUAUUCUGAGUAAAAAAAAGUUGCAGGUAUAUUUUAUUUGAAUUGUGAUAUAUACUAUGCAAAUCCUCAAAUAUUUCCUAAGGCAUUACUUAUAUAUAAUAACAGAUAUGGUGGUCAUCAUGGAAUAUUUAUAACAGUAGAAUCUCAAAAACAAAAAUGUUCAGUAAUAUGUAAUGGUUAGACAAAUACCGAUGCUACGUACCCAUUAAAAAUGGAAUAAAUAGCAUUAGAAAGUACUUUAAAAAAUUACGAAAGCUCUCCAUAUUGUAAAAACUAAAGUUGAUAUGUGAAUAGAAGACUUGGAAGACAUUUAAAAAGAGAAAUAUGAAUAAUUUUUUUCCAUAUUUGAGUUAUAUUGGCUCAGGAAAUGUGAAAACUACAUGUGUCCUUGAAUUAUGCCUUUUAGCCAGUGUUUCUCAAUCUUUGAACUCAUCUAGUAAAAUUGUGUUAUAUAUUCUGUACCUUGCUAAAUUCCCCAUUAUCGAAGUAUCUUACUGUACUGAAUGUUUUUUAUGCCAUACAGUUUUCAUUCCACCUUCCAAUUUAGAAUUAUAGCUCUUUGCAUCUAGGAUGUACAGUGUUGCCUCCCUUGCUUCUCAUGAUUGCCACUGAUAGUACCUUACUUGUGCUAUUGCUAUGCUUGGGAACUGAUAAAAAGCUGUUAAAGAAUUAGCCCCCAAAACUAAGAAGAAAUGUGACUUCUUUCCCUGGUUGGUUUUGUUUUUUAGAAGAGAUUGAUUCAACACUUAAGAAAGUCAGGAUCACAUCGGUCAUGCAGUCAUAUAUGUACAUGAGAGUGUUGCAGACAUAGAAACAUGGGAGAGAAACAGUCUGGAUAACAUGAAAGUGAUGCGGCUGGCUAAGGGAAGGCAACUUGAUUCUGUGGGAAGGGCUAUAGCUGAUCCAACCGUUGUCUAGAUUUGAGUAUGAGCACAGUUGAAGAGGAUUCUGACACAGUAACAGUAGAAACUGUGAACUCUGUGACAUUGACUCAGGACACAGAAGGGAACCUCAUUCUUCAUUGCCCUCAGAAUGAAGCUGAUGAAAUAGACUCAGAAGAUAGUACUGAACCUCCACAUAAGAGACUUUGUUUGUCCUCUGAGGAUGAUCAGAGUAUUGAUGAUUCUACUCCUUGCAUAUCAGUUGUUGCACUCCCACUUUCAGAAAAUGAUCAGAGCUUUGAGGUGACUAUGACCGCAACCACAGAGGUGGCAGAUGAUGAAAUUACUGAGGGAACGGUGACACAGAUCCAGAUUUUACAGAAUGAGCAAUUAGAUGAAAUAUCUCCCUUGGGUAAUGAGGAAGUUUCAGCAGUUAGCCAGGCAUGGUUUACAACUAAAGAAGAUAAGGAUUCUCUAACUAACAAAGGACAUAAAUGGAAGCAGGGGAUGUGGUCCAAGGAAGAAAUUGAUAUUUUGAUGAACAAUAUUGAACGCUAUCUGAAGGCACGCGGAAUAAAAGAUGCUACAGAAAUCAUCUUUGAGAUGUCAAAAGACGAAAGAAAAGAUUUCUACAGGACUAUAGCAUGGGGUCUGAACCGGCCUUUGUUUGCAGUUUAUAGAAGAGUGCUUCGCAUGUAUGAUGACAGAAACCAUGUGGGAAAAUAUACACCUGAAGAAAUUGAGAAACUCAAGGAGCUCCGGAUAAAGCAUGGCAAUGACUGGGCAACAAUAGGGGCGGCCCUAGGAAGAAGUGCAUCUUCCGUCAAAGAUCGGUGUCGACUGAUGAAGGACACUUGCAACACAGGGAAAUGGACAGAAGAAGAAGAAAAGAGACUUGCAGAGGUGGUUCAUGAAUUGACAAGCACUGAGCCAGGUGACAUAGUCACACAGGGUGUGUCUUGGGCAGCUGUGGCUGAACGUGUGGGUACUCGCUCAGAAAAGCAGUGUCGUUCUAAGUGGCUCAACUACUUGAACUGGAAACAAAGUGGGGGUACUGAGUGGACCAAGGAAGAUGAAAUCAAUCUCAUCCUCAGGAUAGCAGAGCUUGAUGUAGCUGAUGAAAAUGACAUAAACUGGGAUCUGUUAGCUGAAGGAUGGAGCAGUGUCCGUUCACCACAAUGGCUUCGAAGUAAAUGGUGGACCAUCAAAAGGCAAAUUGCAAAUCAUAAGGAUGUUUCAUUCCCUGUCUUAAUAAAAGGUCUUAAACAGUUACAUGAGAACCAAAAAAACAACCCAACACUUUUGGAGAAUAAAUCAGGAUCUGGAGUUCCAAACAGUAAUUCCAAUUCCAGUGUACAGCAUGUUCAGAUCAGAGUUGCCCGCUUGGAAGAUAAUACAGCCAUCUCUCCAAGUCCCAUGACAGCGUUGCAGAUUCCAGUUCAAAUCACCCAUGUCUCUUCAACAGACUCCCCUGCUGCUACUGUUGACUCAGAAACAAUAACACUAAACAGUGGAACACUACAGACAUUUGAGAUCCUUCCAUCUUUCCAUUUACAGCCCACUGGCACACCAGGCACCUACCUACUUCAGACAAGCUCAAGUCAAGGCCUUCCCCUAACUCUGACUGCUAGUCCCACUGUAACCCUGACAGCUGCUGCUCCUGCUUCUCCUGAACAGAUCAUUGUUCAUGCUUUAUCCCCGGAACAUCUGUUGAACACAAGUGACAAUGUCACAGUGCAGUGUCACACACCAAGAGUCAUCAUUCAGACUGUUGCUACAGAGGACAUCACUUCUUCCAUAUCCCAAGCAGAACUGACAGUAGAUAGUGAUAUUCAGUCAUCUGAUUUUCCUGAGCCUCCAGAUGCACUAGAAGCAGACACUUUCCCAGAUGAAAUUCAUCAGCCUAAGAUGACUAUAGAGCCAUCAUUUAAUGAUGCUCAUGUAUCCAAAUUCAGUGACCAAAAUAGCACAGAACUGAUGAACAGUGUUAUGGUCAGAACAGAAGAAGAAAUCUCUGACACUGACCUUAAACAAGAGUCCCCCUCUGAUUUGGCCAGUGCUUAUGUUACUGAGGAUUUAGAGUCACCCACCAUAGUAGAACAAGUUGAUCAAACGACUAUUGAUGAUGAAACAAUACUUAUCGUUCCUUCACCACACAGCUUUAUCCAGGCAUCUGAUGUUAUUGAUACUGAAUCUGUCUUGCCUUUGACAACACUAACAGAUCCCAUACUCCAACAUCAUCAAGAAGAAUCAAAUAUCAUUGGAUCAUCUUUGGGCAGUCCUGUUUCUGAAGACUCGAAGGAUGUUGAGGAUUUGGUAAAUUGUCAUUAAUUAAAUUCUUAGAAACAGGUAGUUCAAGCAAAGGAACCACACUGUUAAUUACAAUAUCUCCAAAGAAAUAGGAGCAACCCCUUUUACCAUUCCUCGGGCUUUUAAAUAGCUACAGUGCUUAAGCCAUGCACAUUGUUGCUGCUAUGACUUUUUACCUCCUUUUAAGUAUAUCAUCUGAGGUCCAGUUUAAUGACAGUGUGUAGAUUAGUAGAGUGUGGAAGAUUUAACUGCACAGAUCCCUGCGUUUACUGUUAUUUGUCAGGACAGAAUUUCAUUUACUUCAGCUACAGAGAAGUUUUUUAAAUCACCAAAGCUUAACUGCUCUGGUUUAAAAGCAGUAAUAUUCAUCUCUGCAGAUAAACAUGGCACUCUAUCAGUCUCAAGUAGGCCUGGUUAUAUUUCAGAGAAGUCAUAUCAACAUGGUUUAGAGCUAUCAGUGAUCUUCUUCAAAAAGAUUAAAUAGUAUUGAGCCUUGACCAGCGUACAAAUACAGAGACCUGGGAGGUAAUUGUGUUGUGGUUACUUUUGUUUACCCCAUUGCUGGCAGUGGGAGCUGGUAGAGGCAGGGUAAAGAGGACAGCAUUAGAGUCAAGAAAAUUCACUACAGGUUUUUUAUUACUUUUAAAGGGAAUAUGGGUAAGAGUAGUAAACAACCCACUGGUCACGAAGCAGUUUUCACCCCCCUCAUCAGAAACCAUUGUUACUAGUUUACAGAGUUAGCACUUUGAAAUAAAAUUAAACCAAAUAUGGAAGGAGAUAAUAUUAUCUGUCCCUGAUACCAUGACUGUUUAUUACAUGUUUUACUACAUAGAUUACCCAAAAAUACUAGAGGGGGUAUCAGAGUUUGCCAUUCACUUAGUGCACUAGCUGGUGGAGGUACAAUAUAACUUCUCCCUCUCAGGCAAUUUUUAAAAACAAAACAAAAUUUGCUUCUGUAACAAAAGGAAACAAAUCAAGAGUCAUUCCUAUACUAGAGAAGGGUUAAGCCAAAACUAGCCUCUAGGGCUUAAAUGAAUAUGACCCCUAUAGAAAAGUCACAAAAAAAAAACUUGUAUAAAUUAUUUUAUUUAUUAUUGUAAUUAGAUCUUCACAAUCAGAGUUGUCUUUUCGCUGUCUGUGUUUUGUUAACG